AUGUCAAACACUACCACUGCGCGUGCCCCAUCCCAGAACGAUCGUGGCACGACAGCUUCAUUUCUCCGAAGACGCCCCACAUCACGCGCUGCGAGACCUCCCUCGAGCGAAGUAGCCCCAGACGACUCGGCUAGCAAUGUAUCCCAUCGAAGAGCACCAUCAGGUCAGGGUCGACCAAAUGGUAUAUCGAAGACAAUCAAUGAAAGAACGACAAGCAAGACGCAGACUACAAGAAGAGACACUGUUCAGAUACGAACGCGAAGUCCGCCCAAAAGCUCUUUUGAUGGCUUGGAUGCAGGUAAAGUGGGAGAUAUUCUACGAAAAGAACCGCAAUCAAGCCCGAGGUCUGUCCCUGCGGCUAAGAAAGAGAAGCAAGCCCUAAAACCUUGGAAACCAUCGGCCUGUCUUAUACCUCCAAAUAAGGCUCCAUUAGCCCCCCGCAUUUCAGUACCUCCACUAUCCUCGCUUGUACCUGACUCGCUCGAACCGGAGCCAUUGAAACGGCUGACGGCUGAGAAGCAAGAGGCUGCCAUUCUGGAUGACCUUCUCUUCGUAUUUAUGGGAUAUGAAGGCCAAUACAUUCGAUUCGAAAGAUAUGAUCCGUCAGCCGAGAAGCAACGGUUGGCUGGCCCAAGCUAUAAGAUUUCGCCAGGAUUAGAUCCAAGCUUGAGGGAUUUAGCCACCUCUGUACUCAAAAUGGCGACAUAUUACAAGGCGCUGGAAGCUUUUGUGGAAGUUCAGAGUCGAGAUGAAUUCGGGAUGAUCAACCACGCUUUGUGUGCUUCGAUAUCAAAAUAUCUGAAAGAGUAUAUGACCUUUAUUGCUCAGCUCGAGCAUCAACUAAUCACUAAUCCUUCAUUCUCAUUGCAUCAGCUACACCUGCACACGUUGAAGAUGAGUCAUGUAAUGUUUCAAUUGUAUGCAUUAGCUCAGGAGAUACUCAAGAAGAACGCCUUGCUAGAAGAAGAUCUAGAUGACUCCGUCGAUGGCCUGGAUGAUGUAGAUAAUAUCAUCGAGCAGCUUCGUGACGGAGGCGAUUUGAUGCCUGGGACAAUGGGAAAGAAGAUUUGCAAAGGAGGCAACAUUCUGAGGCUCUUGACCGAGCGCCUAUCACACAUGUCUGGGGAUCCUGCUGCACGUGAAGUGCUCCAGAGUCUUGUCAGGGAUGCGAGUCGUCCAUACAUGAAGAUGCUCAACGAGUGGCUACACCACGGAGGUAUCAAGGAUCCCCAUGCUGAGUUCUUGAUCAAAGAGCAGCAGAGUAUCAAGCGAGAAAGGCUGGAAGAAGACUACACUGACGAAUACUGGGAGAAAAGGUACACAAUUCGAGACAAUGGUGUCCCUCCACAACUUGAGGCUGUCAAAGACAAAGUCUUAUUGGCAGGAAAGUACCUGAACGUCGUCCGGGAAUGCGGUGGCGUAGAUAUCAGCAAGGAGGUGAAGGACGUACCAAGAAGCUUUGAUGACCCGGCUUUUCUUGAUAAUGUCAACGCAGCAUAUGCACAUGCCAAUUCUUCAUUGCUCAAUCUUCUUCUCACAACACAUUCAUUAUCAGACCGGCUCCGCUCAAUGAAACACUACUUCUUUCUCGACCGGUCUGACUUCUUCACCUACUUCCUCGAUCUUAGUACGUCAGAACUAAAGAAGCCUUGGAGACUGGUCAACGUUGGAAAGUUGCAGUCUCUUCUCGAUCUUGUGCUUCGACAGCCGGGAACGGUAGCUGCACACGAUCAGUUCAAAGAAGAUGUCAGGAUACACAUGAACGACGUAGGUCUGACCCAACUAGUGAUGCGUGUUGUGAAUGUCAAGGGCUUUGACGAAGCAAUGGCACAAGACGACUCUGCUGUUGAUAAAUACCGCACGCCAGCCACGACAGGCAAGGACAAAGCGGAUGAAGAAAACAAGAUGACCGGAUUUGAAGCCCUGGAAUUCAGGUUUUCGGUUCCCUUUCCACUUUCUCUUGUAAUAAGCAGCAAGACUGUUUUUCGCUACCAGAUCCUGUUUCGAUACCUCCUCUCUUUACGGCACCUGGAGGAUCUACUCGUCAAUAGCUGGCAAGAUCAUAACAAGGUCCUGAGCUGGACUCAUCGUACCGGCGACCGCAAACUUGAGAUGUGGAAGCGGAAAGCGUGGACGCUGAGGGCGAGAAUGCUAGCAUUCGUACAGCAGACGACGUAUUACUGUACUUCAGAAGUAAUAGAACCCAAUUGGCAUGCUUUAAUGGCACGGGUGAAUGGUGAGGAGCCUACUACUGGUAGCAAAGGCUCUGGUGGACCACCCAAACCUUCUAGGACGGUUGAUGAGCUUAUGGAAGAUCAUGUCGACUUCUUGGACACCUGCCUCAAAGAGUGCAUGCUUAUGAAUUCCAAAUUACUUAAGAUCCACAGCAAAUUGACCUCCGUCUGCCAUUUAUUUGCAACCUACACCUCUAGCUUAACCCGCACUCUCUUCAUCAUUCCCCCUUCACCUUCCUCAACCACGACUACUUCACUCACAAAACAGCCACCGCUCCUCAACACCACCGCGCACAAGACUCAUCUCGCCCAGAUCUACGGCUCUCGCCCUAUCCCAUCCGAACAGACCAUUCCGGCUCCACCAAAGAAACUUGACGAUUUAUACGACUUGCUCGGAAAAUAUGAGCAGAAUUUUGAGCACCACCUGAGAUUGUUGCUGGAUGCAUUGGACUACUAUGCUGCUACUGAGACAGUAGCGCUGGGAAGGUUAUGCGCGGUGCUGGGGAGUGCUAUAAGUGGUAAGGAGGAGGAGAGGGCGUUUUGA